AACUGAAGAUCUCGUACAACGCUGUGUACUAUGUUCAAUAUAUGCAUCAUAAGGCAUAUCAUCAGCUUGGCAGCACUGAAAAUAACGCACUGUCUGAACUUCAAGCUCUGUCUCAGAAGUGUACGCGCCUCCCCGCGUCUCUCUCAUUGUGAAAGGGCGGGGGAGGAGAGAGGAGGCAAGGAAAAGGAAUUGUUUCCAAUCCUCGCAUUCAUCAACAUUAGCAGCAAUUGUAGCUGUAACGGUAAUGAUGUGUAUGACGAUACCAAGGCAGGACUUGUGUCCUUAGGAUAAUAACGACAGAUGUAUAACCCUCAAGCCAAAUUGUCUACAGAUGCAACCCAGCACAGAUGUGGUAAGAUACGAUACACAUCACUCAUCACUUGCCUGUCAACUUUUUUCGAAAUCUUUUUUUGUCUCACAUUUAAUCCCUCAUGGCAAGCCACUUGCACAAACGUAAGUUCAACAUCUAGUUUCGAUUUGCUUGAGUUGUCAACUAACGUGAAUUGAACGUGAAAUCAACGGGAGAAAAUAAAUUCCCUUACGUUGUUGGCGUUUUGCAAACCUUGAAAUGACGUGGAAACCACGUUGAUUCAUCCAGUUGUUGGCCAGUGGGAAGAUUUUUUUUUUUUAAUCGUUUGUCUUUUUGGGGUGGGACAUUGUAAAAGAGGGCCAGAGAGAGAGAGAGAGAAAGAAAAAGACAGAGAGAAUAGUCCAGAUGUGAGAUGUGACGCGCUGCCGGACGAGCCAGACACGACGAUCCAGUGUUAUUGAUGAAGAAUAGAAAAUGUUCUACCAUCGAGGGAAAGUCUGCGCUAUUGAUGGGCUUUCUAAUUUAUAACGGGUGUAUGUGUGUGUCUGGUUAACCGUCAGAGGUGAAAGAUCAGAGGUCACAGCAGGUCGGAGGCAAGAGGUCAGGGGUCAUGUCUACCGUGGCAUUCCAGAACCUUCCUCUCAACAUUUAUAUGGUCAUCUUCGGGACCGGAGUCUUCGUUUUCGUCCUGAGCCUCAUCUUCUGCUGCUACUUCAUCAGUAAACUGAGGCACCAGGCCCAACGAGAGAGGUUUGGAUAUAAAGCGGUGGUGUUCAAAGGGGAUACAAAGAAACUCAAUCUACACGGGACAUGUGCGGUGUGCUUGGAGGACUUCAGAGUGAAAGAUGAGCUAGGAGUGUUGCCAUGCCAACAUGCCUUUCACCAGAGAUGCCUGGUGAAGUGGCUGGAGGUGCGCUGUGUGUGUCCCAUGUGUAACAGGCACAUCGCUGGGCCACCUGAACAACGCCACAGCCUGGGCACACUGCUGGAUGAACUGGUGUAGUGGGUUGCUAUGGCGAUACAGCUGGAAAUGAGUGGUGUAGCAAGUUGAUAUGACGAUGCAGCUGGAAAGGACUAGUGUAGGAUGUUGCUAUGGUGGUACGACUGGAACAGACUGGUUUAGAGGUCCCGGUACGGACUAUACAUUGCUGAAGCAAAAUGACCUGACAAUCUAUUAUUAGGGACCAGUGACGAAACCACAUGACACCAUAAUUAUAGGGAAACCUAGCUUCAGACUUCACACACUCAUGUAUUGAUAAGGAGAUGGGACACACGGGCGGCAGGUAGCCCAUCAGUUAGAGCGUUGGGCCAGGUUGCUUGUUUGAAUCCCCGAGCUGACCAAGCUGUAAAUCUGUCGACGUGCCCUUGAAAAAGGAGCAACCCUCAUUACUCCAGGGUUGCUGUUGAUAACGGCAGACCUUGGCUGUGACCCCACUCUCUGGGGGUGUCCCAGGGAGAGUUGGGAUCUGCAAAAAAACAAAUGAAAGAGGACAAAUAUAAGCACCCACCAAAUUAUUACCAUUAUGGGUACUGUAGUAUGUCAUGCUACACCUUAUCAUGUAGAAUCAGUCAUUUAAUGACUGACUGCCGAGCCUCUACAAUACGCACUCCACCAGCAUGCCCACUUUUCAGACUUCUUCAUGAAGAACGGAUUCACAAAGCCACAAAAUCUGGGACAAAAACUCUGCUCUCAGUCACUGUCUGGAAGAGGGGCUACCUGUGAAAAGAGAGCUUGAGAACUCAAGGGAUGUAUUGCUGAACACCCAGAUAGAAAUAUAUGAUGUAGAACAGACAUGCCUUUCUGAAAUCUGGAGUGAGGAAUUGUGUCAGCUCUGUUCAUGGCAUAUCUAUCUGCAAUGUCCAGUAUGUUACACCCUGGGGACGAUGACAUAUAGGUAUCAUUGUGACAUUUUUUUCUGACUGUGUCACAUGUCUGUCUGUCUGGUCUGUGUGUGUCUGUCUGUGUGUCAGGUAUGCAUCCUGCUUAUAUUAAGUGGGUGUGACAUAUACUCCUGUUAUGAACUGUAGGAGGGACCAACAACUUUUUUUUAUCCUGACUAGUAUUUCCUUGCCAAACAAGCCUUUCCAGUUAAUUAUAUUUAAAGUGAAGGGAGAUUUGGAACAAUUCCUUUCUGUCUGGGGACGUGUACUGAAGCACAGGCACUGCCCAAUGGCAAAGUAAACAUUCCCCAUGUGUACAAUAUCUGCUUUUGUAAAUAUCUGAAAAUACAACAUGUCCUGUUUUGAUCCAUGUC